AAAGUUAUCAUGGAUGCCACCGGAGAUCAUCAGAAACAUUUUGUUCUGGUUCAUGGUGCAUGCCUUGGAGCCUGGAGCUGGUUCAAGCUCAUCCCUCUUCUUGAGGCUGCGGGCCACCGUGUCUCCGCCUUUGAUCUGUCGGCCUCCGGCACUGAUACCAAAGUGAUUCAACAAGUGACGACACUUUCCGACUAUACUUUGCCGUUGCUGGAAUUCAUGGCCACCAUUCCGGCGGACGAGAAGGUGGUGCUGGUGGGUCAUAGCCUUGGUGGCAUGAACAUAGCUCUCGCCAUGGAGAAGUUCCCGGAGAGAAUCGCCGUUGCCGUCUUCUUCACCGCCUUCAUGCCGGAUUCAACUCAUAAGCCUUCCUAUGUCCUAGAUACGUAUAACGAAAAGACUCCGCCAGAAGAUCGGUUGGACGCGAAGUUCUUGCCGUACAACAACGAAAAGGAUUCAGAGACAUCAAUAUUAUUCGGUCCUAAAUUUAUAUCGCACAAACUCGCUCAGCUUUGCUCGGAUGAGGAUCGUGAACUAUUGAAAAUAUUGGUAAAGCCUAGCUCGUUAUUUCUAAAAGACCUACAUAAUGCACCUAAAUUUACGAAAGAAGGAUUUAAUUAUGUGCAACGAGUUUUUGUGGUCUGCAAUGAAGAUCAAGCCAUCCCGAAAGACUUUCAACAAUGGAUGAUCGACAACAAUCCAGUGGCGGAGGUGAAAGAGUUGAAAGUUGUGGACCAUAUGCCGAUGUUGUCUGAUCCGAAGCAAGUCAGUGUUUGCCUUCUUGACGUUGCUCUGCAAUAUGCAUAAUCGUAUGUUACUUUUAUCUGUUAUUAUUUACUACAAAAUUAAACUCUUGUAAUUUUAUAUUCUAAUAAUUUGAUGCAAAAUUUCACCAAGGCAUAAUAAUUUCUAUGGCAAUUC